UUGGCAAAAGUCACUUUUUUAAAUUUUCUUCAACAAAACACCGACGGGUUUCACAGUACCUGAGUUGAACAAAGACAAACGAGUGCACUCCACGAUGAGAUGACCAUGUCGUUGUGGUGGAGAAGAGGUUACACUACCGCACACGCGCUCACGGACAAGAAAUGGGACGCCAUUGUCGUUGGCGGAGGUCACAACGGCCUCGUCGCCGCCGCUUACUUAGCACGUGGCGGCCUCUCCGUCGCCCUCCUCGAGAGGCGCCACCUCAUCGGCGGCGCCGCUGUAACUGAGGAGCUCAUUCCCGGCUUUAAGUUCUCUCGUUGUAGCUACCUCCUCAGCCUUCUCCGACCUUCCAUUGUCAAGGAACUAGAUUUGGUUAGACAUGGAUUGAAGUUAUUGAAACCUAUAGCUUCUUCGUUUACUCCUUGUGUUGAUGGGCGUUAUCUUCUUUUGGGGCUUAAUGAAGAACAUGAUCACUCAGAAUUAUCCAAGUUCUCAAAACUGGAUGCUGAUGCUUUUCCAAGAUAUGAAAGUCAACUGCUAAAGUUCUGUAAAUUCAUGGAUUUCAUUAUGGAUUCGCGUACCCCAGAAAGUUUACAAGGGGAUUCAUCUUUGAACAAGAAGCUUAGAGACAAGUGGCAGAAAUCUAUUUUCUGGUCUAGUUGUUUGGAGCAUGUUCUCUCUUUAGGCCAAAAAGAUAUGGUGGAAUUUAUAGACAUAUUGUUGUCCCCAACAUCGAAGGUUCUGAACAAGUGGUUUGAGUCUGAUGUACACAAGGCAACUCUUGCAGCAGAUGCUAUCAUAGGGAGUAUGGUAAGUAUUCAUACUUCUGGGAGUGGAUACGUUCUGCUACAUCAUGUGAUGGGUGAAACUGAUGGGGAUCGUAAUAUUUGGUCGCAUGUUGAAGGUGGGAUGGGUUCUCUUUCACUGGCCAUAAGUAAUGCUGCUAAAGAAGCUGGGGUCCAUAUAGUCACAGAGGCAGAGGUUUCGCAAUUGAUGAUUGAAGACUCUGGCGCCGUAAAUGGGGUAAUUAUGGCUGAUGGGACACAGCUGCACUCUUCAUUUGUUUUAUCCAAUGCAACCCCGUACAAGACUUUCGUGGAUUUAGUGCCUCGUGGUAUUCUUCCUGAUGAAUUUCUUUGUGCUAUUAAGAACUCAGACUACAGCUCUGGAACUACAAAAAUUAAUGUCGCUGUUGAUAGAUUGCCCCAUUUUCAGUGUUGCAGACUGAGUCACCCAGAGGUGGGUCCACAGCAUACAGCUACCAUUCGCAUAGGUUGUGAAAGUAUGGAGGAGAUUGAUUCAGCUUGUCAAGAUGCUCGGAAUGGCAUACCAUCACGAAGACCUGUUAUGGAGAUGACAAUUCCUUCUUCAUUGGACAAGACAAUAUCUCCUCCUGGCAAGCAUGUGGUCAGCUUGUUUACACAAUACACACCUUACAAACCCGCAGAUGGUAGCUGGGAAGAUCCUUCAUACAGAGAAUCAUAUGCACGUAAAUGUUUUCACAUGAUUGACAAAUACGCCCCGGGCUUCAGCUCAUCUGUCAUUGGCUACGAUUUGUUGACACCCCCUGAUCUUGAAAGAGAAUUUGGACUGACAGGAGGUAAUAUUUUUCAUGGUGCUAUGGGGUUGGAAUCACUUUUCCUGCUGCGACCUGUGAAAGGAUGGUCAAAUUAUAGGACGCCAGUAAGAGGGUUGUAUAUGUGCGGCAGUGGAUCACAUCCUGGUGGUGGUGUUACGGGUGCACCUGGUCGGAAUGCUGCAUUAGCUGUUCUUCAGGAUAUUAACAAGUUUUUAUGAAAAAGUGACAAAAGGAACUCCAACACCAGAACUUGUGGGUGAUCUCUCCAACACUAUUGGGUGGGAUCUAAGUUCUAACUACAACUGUCUAAGAUAAAAAUGAGAUAUUGAUCCUAAUCCGUAUUUUUUUCAUUAAAACAAUUGAAUUAGUUGGGACUAAAGGAGUGUCAAUUAAUUCAAAUACAUAAUUAGAAAAGAUAAAUUUGAAACUAUGUGUUGGAAUGGAACACGUGGCUUUCUAUCAUUAGAUAAAAGACUAAACCAACUUAGUGCU